AUGUCCGAUUACUAGAUCAAAUAUUAAGAAAUCAAAGGAAGCCUGGCACUUGUGUUGUAACAAAAUAAUUAGCUAAAAUAAUAACUCAAGGAAGCCUCUGAAGAAGUUUAAGAAAAAUAAUACCUCAAAGAAGAAUGGGCAUAAGAAGUCUAGAGAGUUUAAGAAACUAUUUACUAAUUGUCUUAUGACAAUCAAAAUUUACAAUAAGAAAAUGAGUAGUUAACUAGAGAUUGUUAAGAAUUUUCAUAUCUGAUUGAAUAAUAAAUUGAAUAAAUAACAAAUCUUAAAGAUCAAAAUGAAAAACUUCAAGCCCAAUUAGAUUAGAGUAGACAAUAAAAUUUGUAAAAGGAAGUCACCAUUAAAUAAUUGAGAGAUGAGUUUAAUAAAAAAUUAGAAUAGUAGUAAUCGAUGCAUUUUGAAGAAAUUAAAAAGUUAUAAGGCAUUAUAGACAAUUAAAGCGAAUUAAUAUAAUCAUAUGAAAAAUUAAAUGAAAUUGAGAAGUUAGACACUUAAAAUUCAUUCUAUUAACAAAAAAUGGUGGUUGAGGAUUAAAUGAUUGAAUUGAAAAAUAGAAACUUAAUUUUAACAAAUACAGUUACAGAAGAAAAGUAGAAAUAUGAUUAGUUAUAUGAAUAACACAAAGAGGAAGUUCUGAAAUUAUAAGUUGUAAUUAAAGAUUAGAAAGAACUACUAUCACAAUAUGAGAAAAUAAUGGAAAGAGAGAAAAAGGAAGUUCCAUCUUAGUCGUAUCCUUAAAACACAUCAUAUAUUCAAUCUUAAUUAAUACCAUAUUAAAUUUAACAAUAAUAAUAGCAAUAAUAAUAAUAACAAUAAUAGUAAUUUUAGCAUCAAUAAUAAUAAUAAUAAUAACAAUAACUAUAAUAAUAAUAUCAAUAAUAAUAAUAAUAAUACUACUAAUAAUAAUAAUAAUAUUAAUAAUAGUAAUAAUAAUAGUAACAAUAAUAUUAAUAAUAGUAAUAGUAACAAUAAUAUAAAUAAUAAUAAUAAUAGUAACAAUAACUUUUAUAAUAAUAAUAAUAAUAAAUGUAUUCUUCCCCAUUACAGUAUGAAAAAUAUAUUUAACCAUCAUUAUCUGUCCAAACCUAACCUUUACAUACAUAACCUUCAUAUUCCUAACCUAUGUACACUAAACCUCUGAAUACAAAUAUAAUUUAUACUCAACCUGUUUCUCAUAGAUAACCAAAAACAUUUUUUACUAAUAAUAAAAUAAACCAUUAAUUACAAUAAUAAUAAAUAAAGGAGACCAAAAAUCAAAAAGAAUAUCAUCUUCCAAAAAAUAGCUUUCAUUUAGAUGAUGGCGAUGAUUAUUAAUAAAAAUCAGGUUUAGAAUUUUAGGAAUCAUUUUUAUAUAAAUUCUAAAAUGUUAUUGGAAGAAUGGAAGAUAAACUCCAAAAAAUGCAGAAUGAACUUAAUAUUUCCGAAGUUUCUGACAAACCAAGAAGAUUAAAAUGA